UGGUCGAAGGCCUAUUUUGUCGUGUUCAUGGUAACACGACAUAAACAUGGUCCUUGAUCAGACCGCAUAUUAAAUGUAUUCGUUUUAUGCGAUCAACACGAUGCUUAUCCAUGAAUGAUUAACAACAUAAGGGAACUCUUAGCAACAUAUUACAAGCAUCAUGCAGCUAGACGAACAAACAACAAGACUUCUUAGGUCCAAAGGAAUCCGCUGCAUCUGUCAGCUCUGUGACUGUGGGAGACCUCACAAACACCCAGGAUGCACAAAAAACUUUCCCAGCAUGAAAUCAACCAUGGAACUUAAACCAUCAAUGGGGCAGAAGACUGAUUACCAAAAAUCAUUUGGGUUGGCACCUUUGAAGUCUCCAGCAAAAAUAAUGAGACCUUUGCCUGCAACGUUAAACCCAAAUCCUCCAGUUAUGGAUUUCAGAACAACAAAUCGUUUGGACUUUAAGAAAUAUAAGAAUGCUGGAAGAACAAAACCAUGCAAGCUUCAAGAAGAAUACGAAACCUUGACCGGGCUGUUUCAGGGCGAUUCAGUGUACAAGGUUGACUUCCCUGGUCAUCGACCAGCUCCUGUAAAGAUCGAGCGCCCAGCAACACAGAAAGCGCAGUCGGAUGUUAAGUUUGAUGCACGCACAAUGUACAAGGACACGUUUGAAGGAAGAGGACAGCCAAGACUAAAAGCAUUUCAAGAACUUCCGAGUUUCACUUACUCUAUACUUUAUCCGGAACGUGGUAACCCAGUUGAAAAGAUAUCUUUUAAAAAUGCAGUUCAUUCUGGCGAGUUUGCAGAGAAGCCAGAGCUUCUUGCUCCAAAAGAGAGUACAGUUAAAAUCGGCAUGGAGGGAGAGCAUGAGAUGGUGACUACCAACAGUGAUGCUUUCAAAACGCACCAAGGCUUUGUCAAGGAACAACCAUUCAAAGUGGUCACAGAGUGGAAACCGCGACCGAAAUUUGAUUGCAAGACUCAGGCACAAGAUGAUUUUAAAGGCUUUGGAAACAAAAUGCCUCGCCCAAGAAAGGCGAUCACACCCCCACCGGAAACAAUCGAUUUGAAGAUCGAUGACAAACAGUAUUUUGAAACCACUAAAUACACGGACCAUAAAAUAACAUGGGACAAAAACAAGUUGCAUAGGCCACCGCUAACAAAAGUUGAAGAAAGGUACAGUCCACCAAAAGAGAAGCUAGAGUCUCAGUCGGUGAUGCGCGCCGAUUUUAAGAAGCACAACGAUGUACGUCCAGUUGCUUUAAGGCCACCAGAUCAAACAAGGGCAACAACGGCUAAGUUUUUCAGCGACACCUCGUACAAGGCACAAUUUCCAAAUUAUGGUGACGUUGAAGUGCAGCGUUACGGGGAUCCGUAUGAGCAACCAUAUUAUGUGAAGCCACUUAGUAGGUUUCUUGAAGAGCCUUCUGUCAUGCGACGUGACUUUAAAGACCAUGGACCGGUGAAAAGACGAUCUCCCAUUUUACCUGAGAACAAGCGUCAUGCCCAGGGAGACCAGUUCCAUGGUGAAACCAGUUACCAUGCAGAUUUUUUGCCAAAAUCUGUAGAGCCCUGCACUUUCGCCAAACUUCUUACUGAAAAAGAUCCCAAAGAGUUCCACGGGAAGAUCGAAAGCUUCAUGCAGUCGAAGCCAAGCCCGGUUAAAGGACUAAGAACGAAAACUAGUCAUCUUGCUGCAUCUUUUUAAAUAUGGAAGGAAACUUUAUAAAAGUGGGGUUGUAAAAAAGUAUACAGGAAGGGGCUUUAUCUCAGGUGAAAUUAUUUGUAAGGUGAAGUCGCACUCCAAUUCAGGUGAUACUAACUCCUUUUCGAAUAUUCUAUAGGCGUUGACCAAGGAACGCAUAGAGCUCUUUAUAUAAUACCAUUAAGUGCCUGAUUGAGUGGAGGGGAAUGUCCACAAUUGCCCUAUCUGGAAAAUUUCACAACUCGUUUAACUUGACCUUUAUUAUGAUUGGCCUGCAGGGGUUGGAACAAGCAGAUGUAAAGAUAAAUCAGUUAUUUAGUAUUUUUUCCUGCAUAAAAUCCUAUCAAAGUAGUUGCCUCUAGCUUCAGCUGCAGAUACUUUUGCAAUCAGCCAUUUGCAAUUCAUCAGCCCACCCUUCUAUGAUCCCUAUUUUUAAGAAUUCAGGAAGACAAGACCAACUCCAUUAUAAUUUAGAAGAAAUAGUUAUGUAAAACUGACGAAAGCCAAUCAUAAACACAAUUUUUAGUAAAGUUGAAGGAUUUACAUGUAUUCUUCCAAGGCCUAUUAGAUUUUAUCUUAAAAGUCCAAAAAUGAUUUUCAUAUAUAGUAAUGAAAUUCAACUCAUUUUUGCUUUUAUAUUUUUUUGUAUUUACUUAGUGGAAAGGACAUUUUUACCAGGGAAAUAAGAAUUGAGACAUUUUUACCAAGGCCAGUUUUAAUGCCACAGGCUGCCAUAAUGCAGGCAUUUAAAUGUUUUUUUAAUCUGAGACUUGUCACAGUUUAGGUUCGCUAAAAAUUUCCUGCACUUUGAUACGCUGAUCCUUCUCAAAGUUCCUAUGAUAUAUGUAGAUCGUACACACUUGACAAAGCAGUGUCACAAAAUGACAAGAAAGAUCUUAAAUCGGUGCAUUUUUUCCUGGAUUCUUUUUUCCUCAUAUCGUAUGUUUAGAAAUCAUUAUUUUGUGCCACAUGUCCCUUAUACCCAUUUUAUCCGGUGCCCCCACCUUGGGCGUGCAAUUGGCAGUUGUAAGUUGUUGUUUGUUCUUAGCCUGUAUAUAAGAUUUCUCAAGAAGAAAUUGUAACUUUGAUGUUAGGAUAAGAUUAUCAGAAGCCUGUAAAUUUCUCUAGCAUAUAAGUUUAGAUUUAAAAAAUGUACCAUGCUGUUAUUUUGAUCCUAGUGAAGAUGUAGAUAUUUCACAUACACUCCGGUAGAUUUUAUGCAAAAACUUUGUGGUAGAAAGGAAUAGCUGAAUUAAGACAAAAGUAUUUAAUAUGGCUGAAAUCUUGGUUUCUGAUUGUAUACUCAAUUGUAUUCUCAAUGUAUUAAAAAUGUAUUCUCAAAAUGCAUCGUACAA